AUGGACCCACUGAAAUAUCUCUUUGUGAAAAUCUCUUUGAGUGGAAGAUUGUCAAGAUGGUUGAUCUUGUUGGUAGAAUUCGAUUUGAAGUAUGUGGCUAGGAAAACUAUCAAAGGAAGUGUCGUGUUAGAUUUCUGUGCCGAGAAUCCUAUAGAGGGGGAGAAUGGUAAAGAAGACUUUCCAGAUGAGGACAUUUUGAAUGUUGAGUUAGGGGCAUAUAAGAUGUACUUUGAUGAAGCCGUAAACCGAUUUGGGAAUGGGAUAGGAAUACUCUUGAUCACUCUUGAGGGAUCUCACAUACCUUUGGCAAUCAAGUUGAACUUUGAAGUAACAAAUAAUAUGGCUAACUAUGAGGCUUGUAUUACUGAAAUGGAAGCUUUUCGAGAAUUGGGGGUAAAGGAGGUUGAAGUCUUUGGAGAUUCAACUUUAGUUAUAGCCCAAGCACAAAAAUUGUGGAAAGUGAAGGAGGAACACUUGAAGCCUUAUCAACAAUACUUAGAGGACUUGACCAAGACCUUUGACAAGAUUAUGUACACAAUCAUCCCUAGAGCUCAAAAUCAAUUUGUUGAUGCCCUAGCUACCUUAGCCUCCAUGGUUGAAAUACCCAAGGGAGUAUGGACAUGA